GGGACCCACCCCCAAAACACACAAACACGCACCACAUAACAUAACUCUCCUCUUCAGCUUCAUAAUAAACCCAGCAGUUGCGUCACUCACUUUCUCUCUCUACUUCUCCUCUCUUCUCUUCAUCGCCAUGGCUUCCACGCGCGAGGGCCACUACAGAGGCGUCCGGAAGCGCCCGUGGGGCCGCUACGCCGCCGAAAUCCGCGACCCCUGGAAGAAGACACGAGUCUGGCUCGGCACCUUCGACACCCCCGAGGAGGCCGCCCUCGCCUACGACGGCGCCGCCAGGUCCCUCCGCGGCGCCAAGGCCAAGACCAACUUCCCCUCGCCGCCCUCUUCCCGCCUCUCUCUCGAUCUCAAUCUCCCCUCCGAUCACCACCGCUGGAUCGCCCCCACCGGCCGCCUCAUCAUCAACGACCUCCUCCACACCGCCGCCGUUUCCUCCAAUGCCGCCGCCGCCCCGCCCCCCGUCGGUGACGCUCCGGCCAAGUAUUUCGGGAUCGUGAGACGCGGCCUGCCCAUUGACCUGAACGAGCCGCCGCCGCUGUGGCUGUAGAGUUCCUAUUUUGGCGGCGCUAGGUAGCGUUUUCCUCGUGUUUUUUUUCUUCCGACAACUGAGAUUUUUCUGAGCUUGGUCGUAGAAUCAUGAUUAUGUUCGGAUUCGGAUGAAUUAUGUUAUUCGCCUGUGUAUAUUCUCUCCACCCUUAAUUUGAAUCUUUUUGAUCC